CUCUCCCCCUCUUACUCUGUAUAAAAACUGAACCCAUAUAUCUUCUUCUCUCUGAAAUAAAACUUGUUAAGAGAUGGAAAAAGGUGGUGGUUUGGAGCUUGAGAUCACGGAGCUCCGAUUAGGUCUCCCGGGCCGGUGCGGUGGUGGUCAGGAUAAAAAUGAGAAGAAGAGGGGCUUUUCGGAGAUUUCGGACAAAGAGAGCAAGACACAAGUGGUUGGUUGGCCGCCGGUUUGUUCAUACAGGAAGAAAAAUAUUACGAGUGAAAUGUCGAGAAUGUACAUCAAGGUUAGCAUGGAUGGGGCUCCGUUUCUUCGUAAGAUUGAUCUGAGUGUGCACAAAGGGUAUUCGGAUCUUGCUUUGGCUUUGGAUAAGCUGUUUGGAUGUUUUGGUAUAGGCAAAUCAUUAAGAAUGGAGGAUGAAGAAAAUGGGUCGGAUUACGUGCCUAUAUAUGAAGACAAAGAUGGAGAUUGGAUGCUAGUUGGAGACGUUCCCUGGCGAAUGUUUGUAGAAGGAUGCAAGAGGCUGAGAAUCAUGAAGAGAUCAGAAGCCAAAGGUUUUAAAUUGCACCUCAAAGGGGGCAAUACUCUCGAGGGAGCUUCAAGGGAAGAUCAUUAAUGACUGAGUCCCACAAAUGAAAGAGGAGCGUAACUAGACUUAAGUUUUCUUCUUUUUUUUUUUUGGGUAUUAUUAUUAUUCUGUUAAACUAGUUCUGGUUAUAUAUAUAUGUAUUUGUUUUAAGCAGAUAUGAUUAUUUGCAGCAUCAAAUUAUAACUUUCUUGUUUAAA